UGGUAGGCCGCCAUCUUGGUUUUCAAUGGAUAGAACAAAUACUUUAAAGUUUCGUCACAAACAGAGGAAAUCAGUUGAUAAAACCCAAACGAAUAUUUCAUACAAGUGUGGGGAAUGCGGAUUUAACUUCGGCGCAAAAGAAGAUUUGCAAAAACAUUUAACUAAACAUAGGGCGGAAAAUUCAUUAAUUGUAGAAAAUUCCUUGCCAAAACUAAGUAAUUGUGAAGCAAAAGUGUACGAAUGUGAUAUAUGCGACAGGAUCUUCAGCGAAAAAGUUUACCUUAAAUUACACACCAGAAUACAUAAAGGAUUCAAGCCAUACAAAUGUCCAGAUUGUAAUGGGAGAUUUAACGAUUGCAUCGAAUUACAAGACCAUUGGAAGUUGCAUACGUAUGUUGAAAAAACAAAGACAUCUACCAAACCUUUAAAAGAAAAGAAAACUUCAACUUCGAAGGUAAUUCAAUCAACAAAUGACAAUGAGAUGAAAUACAAAUGUAAAUGUGGACGACAAUAUUCAAACUUAUUAAAAUAUGAGUCUCAUGUUAUAUCACACAAGGAUUAUCCCACAGACUUAAAGUGCUAUCUCUGUGAAGCUACUUUCAGCAAAAGACGAGGUUUACAACUACAUUUGAACGAGCAUGCUAAACAAGACCGUACAGAGGUGUACAAAUGUGAUAAAUGUGAUCAGAGAUACUUUUCUAAAUGGUGGUUUGAUAAGCACAUUUGUCGCAAUGUAGAAAGUAAAUGCCCGGAAUGCGGAAAGAUGUUCAAAAAUGUGUCCCGUUUGAGAAAUCACAUGAUUUUUCACUCGAACAAGAAACCGUUUUUUUGUCAAGUUUGUAAGAAGGGUUUCCGCAUGAAGCAUCAAUUACAAGUGCACGAACGGAUACAUACUGGGGAACGUCCCUUAACAUGUAACUUGUGCGGUAAAAGUUUUAAUCAGAUAAAUGUGUUAAAACGACAUAUCCUUAACAUACAUACAAAUCAUAGAUCUAAGAAAUGCCCCCUCUGCGACAAAGGGUUCAAUAGUGCUGAUCAGUUAAAGAGUCAUAUGAUAGUCCACAAUCCUGAACCAGUAUUAUGUGCAUUUUGUGGGAAAUGCUUUAAAGCUGUAGUACAUUUGAAAAAUCAUGUAAAGAGAUGUAGCCUUAAUCCAAACCAAAACACGAAAAAUCUUACCCCAUUAGGGGACUAAAACGUCAUGAAAUAUGCUUGGUCUUUAACCUAUAAUUAGAUAAUUUCACUAAGGUCAUAAUUAUGAAUGCGAUAUAUAUUUUAUAUCUCUCUGUUUCUGUAUUACUCUGCUGAAAUCUUAAUAAAGUUACAUAUCACGACUUUGUGAUAUACUUGCCACAA